CGCGGCUUAUAAACCGUUCAUCGUCUCCUCCUCUCUCGUCUCCUCGCCUCCUCUUCUCUUCUCCUCCUUUCAACACAGACCUGAUCCUCGGACAAACUGAACCAUGGCGGCCCGGACGAUGCAGGCGGCGCGCUGCCCGACAGACGAGUUGUCGCUGUCUAACUGUGCCGUGGUGAGCGAGAAGGAUCUGCAGUCAGGACAACAUGUGUCGGUGACGACGACCCCCAACCACAAGUUUGUGUUCACAGUGAAGACCCACCACACUGUGGCUGCUGGGAGCAUCGCCUUCAGCCUGCCACAGAGGAAGUGGGCUGGACUCUCCAUCGGUCAGGAGGUCGAAGUUGCCGGAUACAACUUUGAUAAAUCUAAGCAGUGCAUCGGCGCCAUGACCAUCGAGAUCGACUUCCUGCAGAAGAAGAGCACCGACUCCUCCCCCUACGACUCGGACAAGAUGGCCGCCGAGUUCAUCCAGCAGUUCAACAACCAGGGUUUCUCCGUCACCCAGCAGCUCGUGUUCAGCUUCUGCGACAAACUGUUUGGUCUGGUGGUGAAAGACAUCGAGGCGAUGGACGCCAGCAUCCUGAGAGGAGAGCCGGCCUCCGGGAAGAAGCAGAAGAUCGACUGUGGGCUGAUGGUGGGAAACAGUCAGGUGAUCUUUGAGAAGGCCCCGAGCUCCUCCCUCACACUCGUUGGAAAGGCUAAGACUAAGGAGCAGCGUCAGUCGAUCAUCAACCCGGAGUGGAACUUUGAGAAGAUGGGGAUCGGAGGAUUGGACAGAGAGUUCUCCGACAUUUUCCGCAGAGCCUUCGCUUCCCGAGUGUUUCCUCCAGACAUCGUGGAGCAGAUGG